AUGGCAUCGUCGAGAGAUAAUUUGAAGGUUUACCUCCGACUUACUGAAAAGAAAUCCGUCUCUCAAAACCCUAAAUCAUCAAAGAAGCCAAAAACAUCAUCAGUUGAAGAGAACAUAGAUCAACAAGUAAAUAUUAGCCAAAAAUCAACAAUGAAACAACAAAGUAGUAGAAAACGCAAAGAGAUUUCAGACAAUGUUAAAAAACAAGAGGAAAAACAAAAAAGGAGAAGAAAGAAAGUGGUGAUAGAAUCUUCAGAAGAUACAUAUUCUGUUUCAAAUGAUGAAAAUACUAGUCGAGCUAUAGUUCUGCAUACUUCUGAACAACAAGUAAAUUCAGAUGAUGAUUUUGUUGAUCCACCACCAAGAGUGAAACAGACAAAAUAUCAAAAGAAGGAAAAGGCAGAAUCAAAACCAAAGAGAUCAUUGAGGAAAGAUAAAACAGAAGAACAACCAGAACAACAACCAUAUUAUGAUUACGACGGAAAAAAAAUCAACAUAAGAUGUGCAGCCAAUAAUCUAAAAGAUUAUAUUGAAAAUUUAUCAAAAGAGCAAAGGAAAGUUGUUAGAGAAAUAGGGUUUGAGAGCAUACUAUCAUUCAAGCUGCAUUCAGUUCCACGCAAAUUCGGAUAUUGGCUGGUAAAAAACUUUGAUGCUGAAAAUGAUGAGAUAAAUAUAGGAGAUGAAAAGAUUAAGAUUACAACUGAAUUGAUCCAAAAGAUUCUAUAUGCUUACAAAAAACAAGGAUUUGACGAUGAAGAAAACACUGAAGAGUUCUCUCUAGAUAAAAUUGACUCUACAACAUUACAGGAAUUUGAAGAUGAAUUGGAAAUUGCUGCGCAAAAUGAGGGGAGAGGUCUGGUAAUGUAUAAAAGAAAAAGGAAAAAAAUGUCAGAAAGAAUAAACAAAGAAAGAAAGAUGAGGAGGAUGAAUUUUAUGUUUAUCCAUCUGAAUCCGAGAAUGAAAACGAAGAAAUUUUUCAAGAUGAACCUGAAGAAAAAGAUGAAGACGAUGCUGAAGAACAACCAAACAUCAAUAUCAACUCAGAAGAAGAUAGAAGAUGGAAACACCUUACUUAAAGCUGCAACAGACUGGAUUGAACAAGAGGAUCAAGAGGAUGUUCAAAACAGUCACUUAAAACCAAUGAAACUGAGAAACACAAACAGAAAGUGGAGGAUCAUGGGGGGCAAUUCUUCAUAA